UUAUCCUUGGUUAUUCGCAAUAAACCUAACAUCUUUUUCUGUAGCCAAAGUGACCGGUUGCGGGGGUGAAGAAUUGAGUUUGAGGAUGGCUGCAGCGGUGCAGAGUAGUAGGGGAGUGGUCGCAUUGUUUAAGAGGGGAUGGAAUGAGAUACCAGAAGUAAUAGGAUCUUCGUUUAUGGCAUUGAUUGGAUUUGGAUUAGCAGGUGUUGGAUUAUACAAUUACUAUUCUCAUGAUGGCAACAAUCGUAGGUACAAGGAGUUAUACACAGUAUACAGAUCUGAUGACCCAAGAGCAGCCAGAAUCCGGAAGGACUAGUUCAUAUACUGAGGCACUUCAGAUUCAGUGUAGAUAAAGUUUCUAAUGAUUAAAUCGGAUAUACAAAUUUUUUGUUA